GGGAGGUACUCGCGGGAGGGGCGGGUCCUGUUGACGCGCCGCGCGCGAAGCCCCGGGAGUAUAGAGGAAAGGGUCUUGUGCAGAGAAGCGCGACGCUCUAGGUACUCGUGCGAACGCCAAGGCUGGCUGGUCGGGCUUUCGAUGGCGGCGGGCUGUCCAAAUCGGUGGCUUCCUCUUAUGCGCACGCUAAAGCAAUAUGCAAAGCCUACAGCGUUUCAGGAAAGCAGGUGCAUCAUAUGCCUUCAGAGUAGACCAUUGCUUAUUAAUUACUCACCACAAAUUUCAAUGUAAGGGUGGGUGGGAGUUAGAAAGUUGCAUUUGCACAACUGCACUCCACCCUGCGAUUGCAUUUGGACUGGUCCGGCAUGAUUGAUUCGAGGCUUCAUGACUCAAGGAAUGCAUGUGAGUAUAGUUCCUUGGAGCACUUCUGCUUCUCCAUUCGAACAAGCCAGGAUUCAGCUAUUAGCUACAGGUUUCCAUUGCAUUGCACACCUAGAUACUACGGUUAACGUCUGGCAAGCAAGUGGGGAUAUGAAAUCAUUGUAUAGAGUCUUGUGGCACUUUAAAAAUUAACAAAAUCUAUUAUGGCAUGGGCUUUUGUGGGCUACUACAGUCCACCUCAUCAGAUGCAUGAGGUGGAAUUGUAAUCAGUAGGCUGUCUGUCUCCGGGGUUUGUCCUAUUCAGUGCAGACCCACUGAAAUCAAUCAACAUGGCUAGCUUAAGCCCGUUCAUUUCAAUAGAUCUACUCGUGAGUAGGACUUAGCAAUACAGCUCAGCGAGUUCUGAGGGAAAUAAAAUUCAGAAAAGCACAGAUAGUGAUUAUUACAUACUUAAUGGCUUACUUAGAGGUCCUCCUGAUGUUGACAAACUAAGUAACACCUAUGAAGUGCUGAAACUCCUUUGUCUAGGUUCAGUCCACACAUCCAUCGAGCCUCCUGAUUCAGUAGCUUCACUUUGCAGCCUCCUUUAGGAAUUCCUUUGUUCCAGAAUCGCCACUUUAAGACCACUUACGGAGUGUCCUGAGAGAAUGAAAUGUCUCCCACGCUGCUUUUUUGGAUAUUAUAUAUUUUUACUUAUUAAAUUUAUAUCCCACCCUGCUUCCCAAAAGGAGCCCAGGACAGAAAACAGUUCUGUAAUUACACUUACACACACACACACAUGAAAUAAACACAAUUUUUUUUAACACCUGCAAGCUCUUUAAAACGUCUAAAAGCUAUUACAGUAAAAGCAUAUUAAAACAUCUAAAUACAACACAAUAAAACAUCUAAUACAAAUUUAGGAACAGAUGCAUCCAACUCAUCUGUCUGGGUCUGCCAAAAGAAAAGUUUUCAGCAGGUGUCUAGAAGUAUACCGUAAUGAUGCCCGCCUAUAUCAAGAGGCAGGGAGUUCCAAUGUACAGGAGCUGCUUCAAUAGACUCCUUAAAAACUUGCCAAAUUCUGUUAUUUACCCUGUUUCUUUUUAUUGUUGUCUUCAUAGCAAUCACGUAAGGAAUACGAUACGAUACAAUAAUCUUUCUUGUCAUUGUCCCAUACAGAACAAUGAAAUUGAAAAAACCUACAUCAGACAUUCAAAAACUAACAAGCCUGCUAUCCCAGCUAUCCCAGCCUGGUUAACCCCCUAAAAACUCUGAUACCCUAUAAUUAAAUACAAUAUACUCCCAUAGAGACUACCUUAAGGCUUACACUGUGUUUAAAACCAAAAUCACAAUUGGAUAGAAACUGUUUCUCAGGUGGCUAGUCCUAGUCUUUAUAACCCUGUACCUUCUUCCAGAAGGCAGAAGCUGAAAGAGAUCAUUUCCGGGGUGCGCACUAUCCUGCACUAUCUCUGCAGCUUUCUUAUGACACCUGGAAGCAUAGAUGUGAUCCAAGGUGGGAAGAGUGCACCCAAUAAAAAACAAGCAUUAAAUAGGUCGGGUACAAUAACAGCAACCAGGCUCCUCCCUGCCGGUAAAGUUCACCUGAACUUGCAUAUUCUUGACGUAGAGAGGAAGAGCCACAAAGCUUGAACUUCCACUCUCUGCCAUUCCAAGCUGGCCUUUGUGCCAAGAAAUUAGAAGCGAGCCAAAUCUGCCCUGCUGGGUCAGCAAUAUAUUUCAGCGACUGAAGCCCCAGUGUAGGAGAUUCCAAAGCAACGCAGCUUGAGCGCUUUUGGAGAGUUCCUUUGUAAGAUGACAGCAGGACCGGCUUCCAGCUAGCUAGAUGCCUCCUUCAGCGUCCUAGCAUACACCUUUGGUAAAAGCCUGCAAGUCUCACACACCUUUUUAAAAAAAAGUAUUGCAAACCCUCUGCUAAACAGGCAGAUACAGUUCUGAAUCAGAGCAGAGUUGCUGCAGCAGCAAAAGGCGCCUGUGAGUCAGAGAUCUGAUAGAGGCAAGCCUGAAAUGGAACCUGCUAACAUUCCCCAGAGCUGCGACUACAGGCAUGGAACUUCAGCCAGGGAUCGCUGGCAGCGGAAGAUGGGUCUUUUGGGAGUCCUGUUGCUCUUGAUGCACUUCAGAGCCGCAACCGCUGCCUCAGGUAACUUACCCUUUUGGCUGCACAAGUUGGUAGUUUGAGAGGAAACAACUCAGGCGUGGGGGGUUAAAGGAAGAAGGUAGGUUGCUUGUUUCACAGUUAGGCUGGACAGCCAUGGCACUAAGUCCUGGUUGCACAGAGCCAACCUAUGAGGUUUUGCUGCUUGAGGACAAAGAUAAGGUUGCGCCUCUCACACCCAUGUUUUAUGUAGGGAUGGGGGGGUGGAAUUUAGUUUUGUUUGCAUUUUAAUGAGAAAUUGCCCAAUUCCUACUACCUCAAACCCACAAGUGAACUGAGACACAAUUAUCUUUUGGAAUUCAUGCGCCUCUGAAUUUUACAAGGCAGUUCUCCAACCCGAUUGUGUAUGCUGCAUAAAAAUGCAUCUGUUAGGAGAAUGUGUGUAUUCAAAUGCAUACAUGAAAAAAGCUUACAAAUAUGUAUUAAUUUGGGGGAAAUUGCUUGCAAAAAUCUGUAUAUGAAUCAACGCUGUGUAGAUUAAGAGAAAAUUGCAUUAAAAUGCAGAUAAUUUAUUGUAGCCAAAGUUGAUGGGCACUGGAUCCCUAACAGAACUAGAAGGGCGACAGGUCUCACACACCUGGUGUAGCAGCUAGGUUUUGGUUUUUUUUAAUUGCUGUGUUGUUUUAUUAAGGGAUUGGUUUAUUGCGUAUUUUAAUUAUGGAUGUUUAUGUUUUAAUGCAUGUGUAAUGGGGCUUUUAAAAACAUUUAGAAGCCUAUCAUGGCAAGAUGUAUGAAUUGAUAAAUAAUAAUAGUUUGCCCUCUGUCAGGGAGCUCAGCUUGUACUUUGGUCUUCUUUUAGCAGAUCUUAUUGCAGAGGAAGGAGCUACAACUGUGCGCCUUGCACAACACAAAAGCUCCUCCCCCUCCCCAGAAUGGCUGGUGGGGAGGGGAAGGAUCUAGUGGGCUGGAUGAAAUCUGGCUGUGGGCUCUAUAUGGCCCAGGAGUGCAUACUCCUGCUCUGGAUUUCACUAAGCACUUCCUAAAGCAAAAGCAGAACCAUUUCAUAAGACUAUCAAUGGCUGGAUCUACACUGAUUAAAAAACGCUAUACGAGCUCUCAAUGCAAAAUCCUAUUGGCAAUGGAUAGCUGCUCCACAGUGCCAUCUGGUGCCACAUGUUUAUAACACGGUUAUAACGAUAUAAUUGACGAGUGUAGCUGAGUCCAAUGGCUAGCUACUAAUCCUGAUGACAAUAUUCUGCCUCCACUAUUGGAGGCAGUAGGCUCCUGAAUACUAGUUUCUGGAAACCAUGGUGCAAGGGUUCAGCUGUUGCUCUCAGGUCCCACAGGUACUUGGUUGCCCCGUGAUAAUAAGAUGCUGGACUAGAUGGGCCCCUGGCGUGAUCUUGCAGGGCUCUUAGGUUCCUUUUUAAAUUUUUCCUUUUGUCCUUAGCAGGUUAUUUUUGGCACAUCACAGACCUUCAUCUGGACCCACAGUACAAAGUGAGCCCAGACCCCUUGAAGGUGUGCCCGUCCGCUGGCGCCCAACCGGUGGCCAAUCCAGGGGCUUGGGGAAAUUACUUGUGUGAUGCUCCAUGGAUUCUUGUCAACUCUUCUGUUUAUGCUAUGAAGCAGGUCCUCCCGAACCCAGACUUCAUUCUCUGGACUGGGUAAGGAAGUGCUUGUGCGUUGUUGUUUUUUGCCGUAAACAAAACAAAUACAGUGGUACCUCCGGUUACAUACGCUUCAGGUUACAUACGCUUCAGGUUACAGACUCCGCUAACCCAGAAAUAGUACCUCGGGUUAAGAACUUUGCUUCAGGAUGAGAACAGAAAUCUUGCAGCAGCAGCAGCAGCAGGAGGCCCCAUUAGCUAAAGUGGUGCUUCAGGUUCAGAACAGUUUCAGGUUAAGAACGGACCUCCGGAACGAAUUAAGUACUUAACCCGAGGUACAACUGUAUGACUUUCUUCUUUGCCAUUUCAUUGCUCACUCAAGUUUGGCCAACCUUUGUAUCAGCCAGGUGUGGAGAUCCUUUGCCCUUCCAGAUGUUGCUGAAUUGCAACUCCCACCACUUUAACUCUCCCACUUUAAACAGGCAUGGCUUCCACACACAAAAAUCCUGGGAACUGUAGGUCGUUAAGGGUGCUGAGAAUUGUUAGGAGGCCCAUAUUCCUCUCACAGAGCUACAAUGGUCAGAGUUCCCUGUGAAGAGGGAUUGAUUGUUAAGCCGCUCUGGGAGUUGUAGCUCUGUGAGGGAACUAGGGGUCUCCCAACAACUUUGUCCACCCUUAACAAACUACAGGUCCCAGAAUUCUUUGGAAGAAUCCAUGACUGUUUAAAGUAGUGUCAUUGUGCUUUAAAUGCAUGGUGUGAAUGUGGCCUACUAGUUAUGAUGACUACAUAUUACCUACAGGUAAUACCAGUUGCUGGGGCCUAUGAGUGGAAGGGGGCUAUUGCCCCCAUCACCUGCUUAUGGGUUUCCUGUAGGCAUCUGUUUGGCAACAGAAUAUACAAAAUAAAUUUAAAAAAUAAAAUAAAAUAAUGUUGGGCCAGAUGGGCCUUUUGGUUCCUCUUAUGUUCUUAAUUUGCUAACUCCUCUACAUCUAUCCGGGGACUUUACUUUUCCCAGUAUCUCUGUCCUCGAACCAAAUAGCCUUUGUGCUGUUUUCCAGAGACGACACUCCUCAUGUAGCUGAUGAGAAACUGGGUGAAGAUACUGUGCUGGAGAUAAUUGAAAACCUAACCAACCUGAUCAAACAUGUAUUUCCAGGUAGGGUGUGCCAGAACAAUUGGGGAGUAAGAAGGCUGUGCCAAAAAAAUAAUAAUCCAGAAACAGAAGCAAUGGGUUUUGAAUUGCAGGAAGGAAGAUUUAAGGCUGGCGAAUGUCUUCAGUCUCCUAUGUGUUUCAACAAUGGAGCCAAACUGUGGAAUGUAGUUCCUUGAAGAGUGUCAAGAACAGGCAGGGCUGAACCCAUAAGUGUAGGUAGGGUUGUGUAUAUUCUGUAUUAGUAAAAUCAAUAAAUUCAACACCAAAUGAUUUUAUGAUCCAGGUAGUUAUUUUACGGGGGUGGGCAUUUUUCUGUAAAGGUAAAGGGACCCCUGACCAUUAGGUCCAGUCGUGACCGACUCUGGGGCUGUGGCGCUCAUCUCGCUUUAUUGGCCAAGGGAGCCGGCGUACAGCUUCCGGGUCAUGUGGCCACCAUGACUAAGCCGCUUCUGGCGAACCAGAGCAGUGCACGGAAACGCUGUUUACCUUCCCACCGGAGCGGUACCUAUUUAUCUACUUGCACUUUGACGUGCUUUCGAACUGCUGGAUUGGCAGGAGCUGGGACCGAGCAACGGGAGCUCACCCCGUCGCGGGGGUUCGAACCGCCGACCUUUUGAUCGGCAAGUCCUAGGCUCUGUGGUUUAACCCACAGCGCCACCUGCGUCCCACCUGCGUUUUUUCUGUAGUGGCCUGCAAUUCCCUUGUAGGUAAUCUGUUGCAGGUUGACAGAGCCAAACGUGAGUCAACCACCCUCUUCUUUCUCUUUCUGACACUUCCUUCCCCUCCCAUUUUUCAUCUUCUCACUUGCACCAGAGUAAGUCAAGGAUCACCUGCAGCCCUAGAUAUUUAGAUCCCAGCUUGUUCCCAUUAAUGUCUUCCCACAUUGGAGUGACAACCAGGAUUUACAUAAGCCUUUCUUGCUGCACUCUUUCCUUACUCCCUGUAGCAUAGUCGUGUGUCAGUUGAAUCGUCAUGCUAAACCAUGGUUUGUACUAAUCAUUGUAAUGAACCCAUGUCGUGGUCUGAGGCUGCAGGCUCAGAGCUGCUUGCCUGCUUUCUUCUUCCAUCUGCUCAGCGCCCUGCUUCAGAAGUUCAUAAAUGCAGUCCAGUGUCCAUGGUGCUCUUAAUGGCCCUUAACCAUGAAUUCAGACAGACCUGCUAACCACAGUUGGCCCAAACUGUGAUUUGUAAGGCAGCUUCAAACCAUGGCUUGAUAUGCUGGUUUGGCAGCCCUCACACAAGCUGCCAUUUGCCAUCUGAAUCAAGUAGAUAUAGUGUUUGCCUCUGUUGCAUUCUGCCUGACAUUAUGAUUUUAGGACAAUGUUGUAAUGUUAAUUGUUGUAAGCGACAACAAAGCAGGUUCCAGAUACUGCCAGCAUUGAGUUCUUUGUCUGCAGUCACCUCCAGCCUGUUUGGAUGCAAAAAUUCUUCUCUUCCUCUGCCUCUAAACCCACUGCACUGUUGUUUUCUUGUAUCCCUUCCAGAAACUCAGGUCUAUCCUGCAAUGGGCAACCAUGACUUCCACCCCAAAAAUCAAUUUCCAGCUAAGGAGAACAGGAUCUACGAUGUAACUGCAGACCUGUGGCGCUCCUGGCUCAGCAAUAGCUCUCUGCAAACAUUCAGAGCAGGUGCGUGCUAGAUCCAGUUGAGGAACUGAUGAGGGUCAUGGGAAAUUGAAGAGGGAUCCAGUAGGCUGAAAUGAAAUGCAGGUGAGAAGAAAACUAAAAGAUCACAAGCAGGGGGAUGUCAGAAGCUGCUUUGUAUCAGGCCAGAUUAUUGCCUGUCUAGCUCAGUAUGGUCUACUCCAGGGCUUCCUUGGGUCUCCAGCUGCUUUUGGAUUGCAGUUCCCACCAUCCCUGAUCACUGCUCCUGCUAGCAAGGGAUGAUGGGAGCUGUCCAAAACAGCUGGCGACCCAAGUUUGGGAAACUCUGGUCUACUCUGAUUGCAGAUGGUUUGGCAUGAUACUUAUCUUCACCUGCUACCUGAUGCGUUUAACUGAAGAUGUCAGAGAAGUGUUGUAGCUCCAUGGUAGAGCAGACCUGCUUUGCACACAGGAGGCCCCCAAAUUCAAUUUCUAGCGUCUCCAGGUAGGCCUCAUGGGAAAAACUCCAGCUCUGAAAUCCCAGAUUGCCAUUGCAAGUCUCUAUAGAAAUACUGAGCCAGAUGCGCCAAUAGACUGAUUUCAAAUAAGACAACCUCCUAUGUGUAUGAUUGAACCCGGCACCUUCUGCAUGCAAAAGCCUGUGCUCUGGCAUUGAGCUAUCACAGUUUUAAUUCCAUCAUUUUUUUGUCCUGGUGGGAACAGGACUGUUCUGGGUUGGACUACAACUCCCUUCAUCCUUGAGCAUUCUCCAUGUUUACUGGGGUUAAUUGGACAUGGAGUCCAAUAGCAUCCGGAGCACCACAGGUUCUCUAUCCCUGAAAAUCUAGAGCAGUGUUUCCCAAACUUGGGUCUCCAGCUGCUUUUGGACUACAACUCCCAUCAUCCCCAGCUAGGUCAGGGAUGAUGGGAAUUGUAGUCCAAAAACAGUUGGAGACCCAAGUUUGAGAAACACUGAUCUAGAACAGGCAUAGGCAAACUCAGCCCUCCAGAUGUUUUGGGACUACAACGCCCAUCAUUCCUAGGUAACAGGACCAGUAAUCAGGGAUGGUAGGAAUUGUAGUCUCAAAACAUCUGGAGGGCCGAGUUUGGCUAUGCCUGAUCUAGAGGGUAGCUUAUCUUCGGUUCCAUAGAGCUUCCAUCUCUUUGUUUUGUGAUUGAUCCAGUUGGUUAGUAUCUAUUUGACAGUUCAGUAAGGUAAGGUGUUAAAAUUUCUGUUCACUUGUCAUAGACAUGUGCUAAUCUGUCCAUUCUUCAAAAGAUAGUUUGCUAGCUUUUCAGCAAAAAGUAAAAAGCCAUUAACUAAGAGAGUUGAAACCUUCUUUAGGGAAAGCCAAUGCUGAUUAAAGUGAUCUGGUACUGCUUUAAAUGUAUAGUGCAAAUCAGAUGGCACGGGGAACACAACAAAACUAGAUGGAACUGUGUUACUGGUUGUUUUGCAGGUGCUUUCUACAGUCAGAUGUUAUCUAGUCUGGGCCCGGCAAGGCGAAUGAUUGUCCUCAACACAAACUUGUACUAUGACAAUAAUAAUCAAACCAGCAGCCUAGAAGAUCCAGGAGGCCAGUUCCUUUGGCUGGAAGACAUGUUGACCAAGGCAGCAGAAGCAGGAGAAAAGGUUCCUUAAACUUGCCUUAUUGUUUACGGAUUACUAAGCUUACCCAGUUGAAAGCUGCAUGACUGGUGAAGGCCUUACUACAGAUUGGUCACAAAAACAGUAUCAAUCAGAGGUUUUUUUUGGGGGGGGGCGAGGUUGCAUGAUAUCAAGUAUUAUGGAUUGGGGUCAAGGGAAAGUAUUAGGUGAAAUGAAGCAGGCACCAUUGUACUGGGCUGUGACAUAUAUUCGGUAAAAUCUGUGUAAAAUAUAAAUUUCCAUCCCAGAUACUUAGGACUGUGGCAUGUGUCUGCUGUAGCGAGGCUGGCUCCAGGUUUCAGGGGUCUGUGAGCAAAGUGACCUCUUAGUGGGCCCUCUUGUCUGUUUGUGGGCCCUCUCAGGCUUAUCUGGCAAGGGCAGGUGCCCGCACUUGAAGCAAUACUACAGGCAAGACCAGGUAGUUGCGUUUUGUCUCAUCGUUAUUUCCCAGAAUGCCUUGGAGUGGUGCUACUGCAGGACAUUGUGGGAGAUGAACAUGGUAUCUAGGCCCAGCCAAUCAGCAGAGCUUCUUGUGCUGAGGCGGACAUUUUGAUAACAGAGGACCAAGGUAGGUGUUAGCAGUAGGUCUUGUUUGGAGUGCUGAUAGCUCCCCAAGGAUGUCAGGUGUAUUUUAGAGAAACUGCUUUGAGAUUUCUACUGUUGUUGUUUAGUCAUUUAGUCGUGUCCAACUCUUCGUGAUCCCAUGGACCAGAGCACACCAGACACUCCUGUCUUCCACUGCCUCCCACCGUUUGGUCAAACCCAUGUUAGAAGCUUCGAGAACACUGUCCAAUCACCUUGUCCUCUGUCAUCCCCUUCUCCUUGUGCCCUCCGUCUUUCCCAACAUCAGGGUCUUUUCCAGGGAGUCUUCUCUUCUCAUGAGGUGGUCAAAGUAUUGGAGCCUCAGCUUCAGGAUCUGUCCUUCCAGUGAGCAAUCAGGGCUGUUUUCCUUCAGAAUGGAUAGGUUUGAUCUUCUUGCAGUCCAUGGGACUCUCAAGAGUCUCCUCCAGCACCAUAAUUCAAAAGCACCAAUUCUUCGGCGAUCAGCCUUCUUUAUGGUCCAGCUCUCACUUCCAUAUAUCACUACUGGGAAAACCACAGCUUUAACUAUACGGACCUUUGUCGGCAAGGUGAUGUCUCUGCUUUUUAAGAUGCUGUCUAGGUUUGUCAUUGCUUUCAUAGUAGACAUUUCUACUAUGUAGUGUGUGUAUAUGUGUGUUUGUGUGUUUGUAUAUAUUGAAAAAUAUGUAUUUUUUAUUGUAAUGUUUAUUAACACUGUAGUUAGCAGGCAGCAUCUUAAAAGAGACAUUCUCACUUCUCUCCUACAGAGGAAGGAAAGCUUCUUCUAUGGUUAUGCCUGUUACCCUAAAAGCAAAGGAAGCCUGCUUCUUGCAUUAGACAUAUGGCUUUUACCAUUAUGCAAAUGUAUGCUCAUAUAAGCAAUAAACCCGUAUGAUUAAAACGUCAGCUCUGCUUUUCAGCAUUUGAAAAGAAAUGCGCGGAUCACUAUAAUUCCCAUUGCACAGAUGAGGCACUGAGGCUGGGAGGUUAUUUAUUAACCUAUGGCUACCUGGUGGGCUAGUGAUGUAUGGAAGUGAGAGCUGGACCAUAAAGAAGGCUGAUCACUGAAGAAUUGAUGCUUUUGAGUUCUGGUGCUGGAGGAGACUCUUGAGAGUUCCAUGGACUGCAAGAAGAUUAAACCUAUCCAUUCUUAAGGAAAUCAGCCCUGAGUGCUCACUGGAAGAACAGAUCCUGAAGCUGAGGCUCCAAUACUUUGGCCACCUCCUGAGAAGAGAAGACUCCCUGGAAAAGACCCUGAUGCUGGGAAAGAUGGAGGGCACAAGGAGAAGGGGAUGACAGAGGACGAGAUGGUUGGACAGUGUUCUCGAAGCUAUGAACAUGAGUUUGACCAAGCUGCGGGAGGCAGUGGAAGACAGGAGUGCCUGGCGUGCUCUGGUCCGUGGGGUCACAAAGAGUUGGAAACGACUAAACAGCAACAACAACCUGGCCGGUGUUUGGGCUGUACAGGAACGUAUUGCCAAGCAGGUCCUACUGCUCUGUCCACUUGGACCAUAGCAUGUUUUCCUCCUUCUCUUUACAGGUCUAUAUUAUUGGGCACGUCCCUCCUGGCUUCUUUGAGAAGAAACGGGGCAAGCCUUGGUUCCGAGAACACUUUAACCAGAGAUAUACCGAAAUAAUUCAGAAGCAUCAUGGAGUGAUCGUGGCACAGUUCUUUGGGCAUCAUCACACUGAUAGCUUUAGGAUGUUUUACAGUAACACAGGUACAUUCCCCCUGAUGCCAUAGCUCAGUGGUAGAGCAUCUGGCUUGCCUGCAGAGGGUCCCAUGUUCAAUCCUCAGCACCUCCACAUCAUAGCUGUCAACCGUCCCUUAUUUGGCAGGAAAGUCCCUUAUCCCAGCGCUGUGUCGCGCUGCUGUCCCUCAUUGAUGAUGUCCCUUAAAUUUCCCAGGUUUCAAAGGAAGCAGCUCCUCUCCCUCCCUCCCUGCCGGCCAGGGAGGAGGGAGGCUCCAGCUGUGUUGCUUGGCUUUGUUCCUCACCCAAUAAGAAGUCUAAGAACAACUGGAGGGUGGAGCUUGCAUGCUUUGUGCCGAUCAAAUCGGCCACGUUGCCUGGGGACUUGCCUUUGCUCAGGGCUUCCCAGCGGAGAGGUGACGGUGGUUUUUCUUGCUGCAUCCCCUUUGCCGGGUUGCUGCGCUGUGGGAACCACCUUUUGAGACUUCGUUUGGCUGCUAGUUAACUAAAAUCCCUUAUUUUGGCUGCUGAUCCCUUAUUUUUGAGGCUGCUGGUCCAUUAUUUUCAAAUCUGUAAGUUGACAGCUAUGUUCCAUAUAGGACUUUGAGAGACUCCUAUAUGAAACCUUGGUGGGCCGCUACCAGCCGGUGUCGGCAAUAGUGAGCUAGAUAGACCAAUGGUCUUACUCAGUAUACAGCAGCUUCCUAUGCCUACAAGUUCAGAAAUCCACUGUAGGCUGUCAGGUUGUUUUUACACUGCUUUUCAAUAGAACCAGGACUGGGUUGGCAUCAAAGGUCCAGCAUGGUUUGGUGAAACUCUGCUGUGCCCUCUUGGAUCUGCUCCUUCUUUUCACCAUUUUCUUUUCAUUUAUUUUAUUUGUAUACCGCUUAACUGCAAAUGAAACCUCGAAGUGGUUUACAAAAAAAGAUAACAUAUACAUCAGAAUAAUCAGUAACAGCCAAAGUUAGAAGCAAGUUUUAAAAAAUUCAAAAUAUAAUUAAAACCAGCAGUUUAAAAGUACAAAUGAUAAUAAUAAUUUAACGCCAUUCCAUAGACAUUGCUAUUCUGUUUUAAGCUGGAAGUGAAAUAGCGACUCUGUUUCCAGACGCCUGUAAACCAAAAAAAAAAAAAUCUGUAACGAACUGGGCACUCCAGCCCCAAAUGCUGGAGAGGGCCAAUUUUCUUUGGGACUGAAAAGGGUUAAAUAGUUCGCCUUGUUGCAGUCUCAAGCAUGAUUACCCCACACAGCAGGGAGGGCAGAAUGAAUAUAAGAUAGUAUUAGUUGGGAAUGCAAUGGUUAAGGUGAUAGAGUUGUUUUGGAAAGAGGAGUUGUGGACCAUAAAGAAGGAAAUGCCUACAGCACUAUCUAGUGGUACCUCGGGUUAAGAAUUCAAUUCGUUCUGGAGGUCCGUUCUUAACCUGAAACUGUUCUUAACCUGAGGUACCACUUUAGCUAAUAGGGCUUCCCGCUGCGCGAUUUCUGUUCUCAUCCUGAAGCAAAGUUCUUAACCCGAGGUACUAUUUCUAGGUUAGCGGAGUCUGUAACUUGAAGCGUCUGUAACCUGAAGCAUCUGUAACCUGAGGUACCAAAGUACAGGCAAUUAACCCCUGUAUAGGCUGAAACAGCUGUACAUUGGGUUGUCUACACUCGGAAGAAAUGGUUGCAGUUCUUUCAUUGUGUAGUAAAAUAAAAUGAAGUUGGAGCUCUGAGUAAGGAAUACAUGGGAGGAGGAUGUUUCAAUCACUAUAUCCUGCCGAUACCUCAUUAAAAGAGUGACUAGAAUGUGCCUGUUCCACCCCAAAUACCCAGUUGUUGGGAAGCGGUCUAAUUUAAGUUUAAUAUUGCCUUUUCUUCCAGGUUCUCCCACCAGCGUCAUGUUUUUAGCUCCAGGAGUAACACCAUGGAAGACAACCUUACCGGGCGUGCACAAUGGGGCCAACAACCCUGGCAUCCGGGUCUUCACGUAUGACCGUGACACUCUGCUGGUGAAGGUAGGGGGCACCGUCAUUUGCUUGCAUUUGUCUCUAGUAAAGCAAGCGCUCAUGUCAAGGGUGACCUGACAAUGAGGCCAUGGAGGGAGAGCAUUCUAGCAGAGUUAUUAAUCCUGCCCAGUAAAGACCAGAGAAGUGGAUCAGCCUUCUGCAGAGAUUGGCUGUGACUAUCUUUUGCCCUGGACUGCAUUACAUAGAGCCAGCAAGGCAGUAGAUGCCAUGAAGACAGCAGCAGCUGGCACAGUCCUGCUAAUGUGGGCUUUUAAUUACCUUGUUUCUUGCAUUAAAAUAAAAUGUUAUUUUUAAUUACUUGUUUUUUUAAAAUGCACCUGCAUGUUGCAGCAGACACCAUCUUAGAAAAAGGUUGUUGGCGUGUAUAUGUUUGUUGAGUGAGAUAGAGACAGGGAGAUUUUUUUAUUGUAUUUUACUGUACGGUGGUACCUCAGGUUAAGAACUUAAUUCGUUGCGGAGGUCUGUUCUUAACCUGAAACUGUUCUUAACCUGAGGUACCACUUUAGCUAAUGGGGCCUGCCGCUGCCACGUGAUUUCUGUUCUCAUCCUGAGGUAAAGUUCUUAACCCAAGGUACUAUUUCUGGGUGAGCAGAGUCUGUAACCUGAAGCAUUUGUAACCCGAGGUACCACUGUAAAAACUUUUAAAACAAUAAUGGCUGCUAGCUUCUUCUUUUCUUUUAGCAUAAAGAACAUACAAAGCAGCUUAGGAUAAAUACUGAUAACAUAAGGGUGUUUUUUUGUUGUGGUUGAUUAUUUAUUUAUUUAUUUAUUUUUGCAAGGCUAACCAUAGCCCCUAGUCCAGUAAGCCCUUCCAAAAGUUUCCAUGAGUCUGAGGCAGGGAAUACCUUUUCUAAAACGAUGCCUGCUGAUUGUGUACGUUCUUGUGUUUUAAAGAGUUCAGCAUUUAGUCGGUCAAAAUAAGUUUAACCAAAUACCCACCUUUGACCCAAUGUCUUCUCUUCCAUUUCAGGAUAUGGUAACUUAUUAUUUAAACCUCACGCAUGCUAACAUGGGGGCCCCUAAAUGGGAGAAAGAGUACAGCCUAACAGAAGCUUUCCAGGUCCCAGAUGGUUCCGCCCACUCCAUGCAGCUGCUGGUGGAGAAGCUUGAGAAAGACCAAAGCUACCUACAGAAAUACUACCGGUAUAAUUCAGUUCAAUACGACCUUUCAGACUGUGAUGACGCCUGCCAGACCGACCACAUCUGUGCCAUCAGGGAGGUCGAUUUUGCAAAAUACCACCAGUGUAUUCAAGCCAGAAGUGCCGCAGCAGUGCCUUCAAUCCCAGAGCUGGGUCUUCUGUUCUUCUGCUGCGUGAUGGGGCUUGUUACUCUAGGCCUUUGAGAGCCUUGAAUGAACCAUGAUACGAGCAUGAGCACCCAGCUUCUACACAGAAAAAGCACAGGAUGCGACCACUGCCACAGGCCUCAGCAUCCUAAGGAGAUCACCCUUCUUGGGGUUUGGGUUUUAUUUGUUUUGGCAAACCUAGGAUUGAAAGUCUGCAUACAAAUGGCUGACUAUUGGAGCUCACCUCCUUCCAUGGGCUAUUGGACCGUCUGAGCACAGGAUUAUGACAACAUCAUUCCAGCAUCAGGCAAGAUCAUUUUAGCAGAAUAAGAAACAAAGCUUAGCGUGGUCUCCUCUCGCAAGGAGUUCCCAAAGGAUUUCUCCAACUGGGGGAAUGGGCAGUGAAAUGGCAAAUGGAAUUCAAUGUAAACCAAGUGUAAAAUGAUGCACAGUGGGGCAAAAAUGUCUAAUUUCACAUGUAUGCUUUUGUGCUCUGAACUGGCACUGAAUGACCAGGAACGAGUGCUUGGGUCAUAGCGGAUAGCUCAAUGAAGACGUCGUUGACCCAAUGUGCGGCAGCUGGGGUUGGGGGAGUGAAUUCCACGCAAGGGGUCAUUAGGAAAUAAAAUUGCCAAUAUUAUACUGUCGUCAUGCAAGUCUUGUAGUGCGACUGCCGCUUGGAAUGCUGCCUGGAGAAAGUUCAGAAAAGAGGAAGUGAAA